CAAAAUAAAAAGGGCCAGCAUCAUUAUCUGAUCUCAUGCUCUGCCAAACAUACGCCACAUACGCCUGAUACGGCUGACUUCGGGGAGUCGAAGUUGAGAGGAUGAGUGGGAUGGAUGGGAACAUCCGCCGUGAUCAGAGUGAUCAGGCACAGAAUGUGUGGACAGUCAUGCCUGCUCUGAAAGUUGGGGCAUUCAGUGGUGUCUCUGGCCUCAUAUUUGGCGGGAUUACGGGCGUCUUACGCUCACCGAACCCGGCGAUCCAUUCGAUCGCAGCUGGUAUCCAUUGGUUUGCCUUUGGAACCUCGUCAUGGUGGCUUAGGAGUAAUAUCCUCAGAAUUCAAUUUAACGACAAACCAACAGCCGGGCAACGCGCGUUUGCAAGCUCAGUUUCUAGCGGGUUAUCAGGAGGAGCAAUUGCGUUUUCUAUCCACCGACGAUUUAUGCCUGGAGCGGUGAUAUUUGGAAUAGCAGGCUUCCUCGGACAGAAGUCAUAUGAUGUCAUUGAUAGAUGGCAGUUAUCAAGGGAUCGAACUGCACCUCAGAAACCCUUGGUCCAGCGUAUGUUGGAGUCCAAAUGGAUGCUCUUGAGACCGUUACCAGAUGAGGAGUAUAUAGAGAUGCUGAACGAGAAACUGCUGGCUGUUGAUGCAGAGAUUGCGGUUAUUGAUGACAAGAUCGCCGCAUUGAGGACUCAGGAGGCUGGAUGCAUCGUGAGAUGAAUUCCUAUGUUGUAUUCUAUGACGGGUUCAUUUACAAAAAAACAAUGUCGGACCUUUUUGUCCUAGGUUACAAA